AUCAUGCGGGAAAAUAUUGGCGUUGUAGCUGCUUCAUGCGCGCCAAGAUCAAAAGCAAUUUUGAUCGUCGUACGAAACCAAUCAGUCUGCAAGUGGUUGCGGAACUGCAAAGUCGCGAUAAUAAAGUAUUACCUACCUACAAAAAAAAUCGUGCAGAUUUGCAAAGAUUUUUACAAAAAAUAUCAAAAUCGUGAACUUCUGUGUAACGAACUUAAAAUUAAAAGAAAAAAUAAAGCCCGCACCUGAUUGUGGCAAAAAAAAAAAUGCAUUUUGCAAAGGUGAUUAGUGGAGUUUUAAUAAUUUUCUUAAUUCUGUGCCAUUGUGGAUGUGCUGCAAAGAGACCCCCCAAGAGACCGCCGAAUAUCGUUGUAAUUUUAGCGGAUGAUUUGGGGUCUAAUGACGUCAGUUUUAGAGGUUCAAGUCAAAUUCCCACCCCCAACAUUGACGCCUUGGGCUAUCAAGGGGUCAUCCUAAAUCGCCACUACACCCCCGCAUUGUGCUCACCUUCCCGCGCUGCCCUCCUCACGGGGAAAUAUCCCAUUCAUUUGGGAAUGCAGCACUCAGUUAUUGUGUCCGAUGAACCCUGGAGUUUGCCCAUGAAUGAGAAAACCCUCCCGGAGUAUCUCAAGGAAUGUGGCUCCUACAGAACGCACAUGGUGGGCAAAUGGCAUUUAGGCUUUGCAAGGAAGGACUUUACACCCCUUCAGCGGGGAUUUGAUUCGCAUUUUGGACCUUGGGGUCCCUCCCUUAGUUACUUCUCAAAGCGCUUCCUUAUGCCGUGGGAGCCAUUCUUUGAUGGUCACGAUAUGCGACGCAAUGAGAAUGUUACGUAUGAAUCCCCCGGUGGGUACAUCACGGAUAUCCUGACCGAUGAAGCGGUUAGGGUUAUAAGGAGGCAUCAACAGGAGACGGAUAAGCCUCUUUUCCUCCUUGUGACCCACAUUGCCCCCCAUGCGGCGGAAGCAGACAACCCCCUGCAAGCGCCUAGGGAGGAAAUCCUAAAAUUCGGCUAUAUUGAAGAUCCCGAAAGGAGGAUCUAUGCCGCAAUGGUGGCAAGUUUGGAUCGAAGUGUUGGGAAAAUUGUCAUGGCUCUUCAGGAAACCGAACUCUUGAGGAAUUCUCUGAUUCUCUUCUACUCAGACAAUGGAGCACCAACUAAGGGAUUGUACUCAACAACUGGAUCGAAUUUCCCACUCAAAGGGCAAAAAAGUUCCCCGUGGGAAGGUGGCAUGAGGAUGCCGGCUGUGAUUUGGAGUCCAUUAAUUGAGAAGCGUCAUCGUGUGUCUGACGAAGUAAUCUACUCAACUGAUUGGCUUCCAACAUUUCUUGGUCUGUGUCGCACUGAUCCUCCCACUGGAAUUGACGGGUACGACGUAUGGCGAACAAUUUCACGCAAUAAAGCUUCGCCACGCCAUGAAAUCCUCCACAAUAUUGAUCCCAUCCUUGGAUACAGCUCCUACUACCGCGACGGUUGGAAGUACGUCAAUGGAACGACUUCUGGUGGGAAAUUUGACGAUUGGCUGGGACACGUUGUAGGAGCUGAUAAAACUCCCGCAGCUAAUGCCUAUGCUGAGCUCGUGAUGAAGAGUCCAACAUGGCGAGCACUUGCCCCACUUGCUUUUCGUCGUCUCAAAGUUGCCGACAUUCAGGAAUUGCGGCAAAAAGCGCAAAUUAAAUGCUCAGCUCCAUGGAAAGCGACGCCAUGCCACGCACUUCGGUCGCCAUGUUUGUUUAACCUCAAACACGAUCCGUGCGAAGAGAAUAAUUUAGCUGAAAGAUUCCCGCGAAUUGUGAAGGAAAUGGCGGAACGCGUGCAAGUGUUUGAGGGUAGUGCUCUACCCCCCAGGAAUGCUCCGCAGGAUCCAAUGUCCAAUCCAGCACUGUGGAAUGAUGUUUGGGUAUCAUGGUUGGACGAAUUGCAGAUGCCAAAAGUCAGAAUUAAGUUAAAUUAAACUUAAGAGGUUUAAAUCAAAAUUUAAGAGGAAUCCUAAAAAACCGAAUUUAAAAGAAAAAAACGAAUUUAAAAAGAAAAAAAUGUUAAAAUCUUUAUGCAAAUGCGAUUUGGAAUGAAAAAGAAAAGAAAGGGACGAUUCUGAUGAAAAUCUUUUCUUUUCUAACAACUGAAAAGUUAUUGGUAGAUUUUGACUGUUCGAUGUUGUUAAAUAUUGACGUUUGAGCACGAAAUUCGUUGUUCAAAGAAAAAACAGUCCGAAAGAUCUUUAAGCGAGUUCUGGAAAGCGAUUUCCCUUCAAAAAUGCGAUUAAAGAAAGAAAUAAAAUAUCAGAAUUUAACAAGAUUUUUCCAAGAAUACCUAAUCGACCCCGAAAAGUCAAUUAAAAAAAAUAAACGUCAAACGUUACAACUGCUGAAGGUCAAUUAAAGAAAAAAUAAAA